CCCUUGAUAGAUUCGGACAAGGCCCCAGUUGUUCCCCUCGGCUGCACUCAAUAUAGAUUUUUUGCACGAUCGUUUAUCCGAUCUGACUCGAUUCAAUGUGGCAGAUCUUCUUUUUUUCCGGGGAAAUGUAAGGCCAAGGUGAUCUUCAUACAGGCAGCAAACUAACCGAACUAUAUUUAGACUGCUUACUAUCCACGGAACUGCGAUUGUAUUCGUCGGCCUGCUUCUUGAUAAUCCCAAGUUUAAAAUAGCAGAUACUGUAGAACAAAGUAUGAACACAAUGAUGAACUGGUUCGUGCCACGCAAUCGGCGCACGAAAAUCUGGCUGCCUGGAUGGAGUAUGCCUUUGACGAUUUGGGUGCAGCUCUUGACCGGACGACCGUGGACCGCCUCACUAUUACAACAUCAUCUAAAUGAAAUAGGCAUGCUUCUGGGGUUCCAAGUGAGUGCAGUGUCCGGUGUAGUAGUUGUUAUUCAGUCCGGUGAGCGCUGCUAUUGGCAGGUGACGAGUGUAUAGCAAGCGCAACGAAGAAACAUUUUUGAACAGCUGAGAUGGAAGAUUCUAACAAGUGUCACGGGCCGCGGGAGCGCGUACUCAGUCCGAUCUUCGGCGGUUCCGUGAGUGGUGUAUUGACCUCUGAGGAGUGAGAAAGAUGUCAAGAAAUUGGAGGUUCGAAGCGGAUUGCGGCUAGGUGGCGGACUACGGUAUUUUGGGAAGGCUUCCGAGCGAUGAAACGAGCGGGGUGGCGCACCAAUAAGCAGGGCUCGUGGCGCAGCCGUUUCGUCUUUGACUGCCGUAUGAUGUGUGAUUAGAAGGAGUACAACAGAAGGUCUCCAGGCGCGACAGGUUGUUCCAAUCAUAGAAGCCUCAUGAAGUUUUCCGAUUGAACGCCGGCAGUGUCUCGGCCUUUGACCAGUGAAAGCACGUGA